AUGUCUUCUCUAGGACCAUUCAUACAGCCACCUGAAACAGAAGACGAUGACCCCAUCAUCCACCCCUCCCUGCAGCGGUACAUCCACGGCCUUCCGGAUUCACAUACCAACUACGCGCGCUUCUUCUCCGCCCUGCUCAUCCCGCAGCAGUCCCACGAGCAGUUCUUCGUUGAUUUGAAGCAGUUUCGCGAGCAGGCCAUCAUAAUCUAUCUCCUGGCGCCGGGCACUUCCGAGAACUACCGCGCGGUCUCGAAGAAUUUUGUCGGGUCGCGGUUCGCACACCCGUGGUGUCGAGUGCAGAGCGAUUUCGGCAAGGGCUGGCGUGCAGCCAGCUGGUCCGGGACGUCGGGGGCUAAGAUCGACGAGCGGGUGAGGAAGGAAGAGGAACAGCUGCAUAAGCUGCUCGUCCCGAUUUGGAUCGCGAUGAGGCGGAGGAUGUUUCCAGGGGAGGAGGUGGUCAAAGAAUGGAUCGAGAAGGAAGACGAACGUGAAAGAUCUGCUGCAGGGGAGGAGGAGAAGAGAAAGAAGAGCAAGGCAGAAACAGCGGAGUCCUCCAAGUCUCUGCCGCCGGCAUCCUCGAGUGGUGUUCCCCCAUCAGAGCCCCCUCCCGCCUACGCGGAACUCGGCUUUGCCACCAAAUCGACAAAGCCUUCGACGACGCAUUCAGACAAGACAGAUCCCAGCAGAGCAGCGGCCGCCUCCAAACUGUUCCUGGGCGUGGCCGUCACGGGUUUCAUCAUGAGCGAUAGGCGCAUUCAGAAAUACGUCGAGAAGAAGCUGUUGAAGAAGUGA